AUGUCGUCAAUGGGUAAGAUGAAGUUCUUCCUAAGGCUCCAAGUUGAUCAGAUGCCAGAGGGAACUUUCAUACAUCAAACGAAGUACAUUUACGACGUUCUGGAGAAAUUUGGGAUGUCCGAUACAGCGCCAAUGUCCACCCCAUUAGCAACUAAUCAUGGUAUCAACCCUGAUCUCACUGGAGAGAAGGUCGACGAGACGAUAUACCGCUCGAUGAUUGGUUCGCUGAUGUACUUGACAGCAUCCAGACCAGAUAUAAUGUACCCGACAUGCCUCGCGGCCCGAUAUCUGUCAAGUCUUAGAGCCUCGCACAUGUCUAUCGUCAAAAGGAUCCUACGCUACUUGAAAGGAACCCCAAGUCUAGGGUUGUGGUAUCCAAAAAAUGGUGACUUUAAGCUCGAAGGAUACUCGGAUUUAGAUUUCGGUUGCUGCAAGAUCAACGCAAAAUCAACAACUGCAGGAUGCCAAUUCUUCGGACCUCACUUGGUCACUUGGCAGUGUAAGAAGCAAACCUCUGUUUCUCUUUCGACUUGUGAAGCAGAGUACGUGUCAGCCAGCAGCUGCUGCUCGCAGAUUCUGUGGAUCCAGCAACAGAUGCGUGAUUACGGUUUGCAAUUUCUUACCUCUCCUAUAUUUGUUGAUAAUGAGGUUGCAAUCAACAUAACGAAAAAUCUGCUUUUGUCGUUAGGGGAGGAAAUACAUGGCGUUGAUGAGAAAACAAUUGCAGAGGAUGUUGAAAAGCAGACUGUGUUGGCAAGAGCAACUGAUUGGCAUCCAACUCACAACAUCUAG